AUGGCUACUCCGACAGCUAUGCCGAGAGAUGAAAGAAAGAGGCAGUAUGCGGCUUUACGCCGUGCUGUAGUUCGCUCUUGCGAACCGGCCUUGCUAGCCAAGUUCUCUCUCAGCAGUGAUGGAGAAAGGUGGUCAAUGCUCAAGCAGUGGAUGCUGAGCGAUGGGAAGCUUGAUUCAAUCACUGUGGAGGAAAAGUUCGUUCGAUGGUGUGAGCAGCUUCGCACAGACAACUAUGUCACGGUGACCAAACUUCAGUUGUACAAGAUCUACGGGCGUUCAAAGGAGGCCAAAGGCUUUGUGGAGUCCCUCUGCAAAGGACAGACAGGUGUGUCACACCCACAGUGCCCUGAGAUGAAGAUGUACAAGGUGCUGAAAGAGGUGGUUGAAACCACUUCGUCGGGAACUAAAGGCGAAACUGAGAUGAAAGUGGGAGGUCGGGUUAGAUCUUCUUCGAUGAAGGAGCUGCUAUCCAAACAGUUGAAAGUUGGUCUUGACAGCCUAGAGUCCCAGGCGCAUAUGGACUUGAAAACAGGGACCAUAAAGAAUAAGAAGGAAAAGAAAGCAAAAUCCCCUGCCCAGCUGGCAUUGGCCGAAGUCAAGCAGCUGCACAACAAGUUGAAGAAGUGCUUCAACGAGAUCCCCAAGAUCGUCGAGGAGCUGGAGACCCUUCCAGUCCGCAACUCCGAAGAGCUUGUACGUGUGCUGCGCCGACAUGAGGAGAGGUUGCCCUAUUUGGUUCAAUAUGCCAACGACAGAGCCUCCAAGCCCCUUUCUGAGGUGAUCCCCGAAGAAUUUUCAGAGUGGGUGGAUUUGCAAAAGCCCACGUUAAGUGAAAUUGAGGGAGAUGUUCGGGAUGGGAGACGCAGGGUCUCUGCAACCAAAGGGCCUCGAAAGAGGGCCAAUCAAGCCACGCCUGCGCAGAGUGAUGGGGAUGAUAUUUCUGAUGGCAGUGGUUCAGAAGUGGAGGGUUGA